AUGGGUAUUCUUGCUAUAUUUGCCCUACCAUUACUCCUUCUAGGGAUCACUGGAAUUAUUCAUAUUUACCAAUCAAUCAUGUGGCUAGUGUCCAAGUCAGCUGUGCAAAACAAGGUGGUGGUCAUCACUGAUGCCAUCUCUGGACUGGGCAAAGAAUGUUCUCGGGUGUUUCAUGCAGGAGGAGCGAGACUUGUGUUGUGUGGCAGGACAUGGGAGAAGUUAGAAGCCUUGUAUGAUGCUUUAAUUAGUGUGGCAGACCCCAGUGCGACAUAUACACCAAAGCUCAUACUUCUGGAUAUCUCAGACAUAAACUGCAUCCAAGAUGUAGCUAAAGAAAUCCUGAAUUGUUAUGGCUGUGUGGAUAUACUGAUCAACAAUGCAAGUAUGAAGGUGAAAGGAGCAGCACAGAGCAUUUCAUUGGAACUUGAUAAAAAGAUAAUGGAUGCCAACUAUUUUGGACCUGUAACAUUAACCAAAGCCCUUCUUCCCAACAUGAUCUCAAGAAAAACUGGCCAAAUUGUUUUAAUUAAUAGUAUCCAAGGAAAAAUAGGAGUCCCAUUUCGUGCAGCUUAUGCUGCUUCUAAGCAUGCCGCUGUAGGCUUUUUUGAUUGUCUUAGAGCUGAAAUGGAAGAAUUCGAUAUUUGUGUCAGUACUGUGAGUCCAACCUUCAUCUGUUCAUAUCAUCGUCAACCAGCAUCUGGCAACUGGGAGGCAUCAAUUUGGAAAUUCUUUUUCAGAAAGGUGGCAUAUGGUGUGCACCCAGUGGAGGUGGCAGAGGAAGUCUUGCGCACAGUGAGCAGAAAGAAGCAGGAAGUACUUAUGGCCAAUCCUAUCCCCAGAGCAGCAGUUUACAUUCGAACCUUCUUCCCAGAGUUGUUCUUUGCCAUUGUUGCCUCAGGAAUUAGGGAAAAUCUGAAGACAGAAGAGGAAACUUGAUUUCGUUCAGUUCUUUUCCCUGUUAAUGACUUGAAUAAAGUUUAUGUUUCAGAUGUCA